AUGGAGCCCAUCGAUCGGGCCUUUGGAACGGGCUGCGGAGAUGGCAGAGGCAGCCGCAUCGAGUCUGGCAGCAACUGUGAGGCACGGUGCCAAGACGGCUACGCGCCUUCGGUGCGCCGUCUGAGUUGCUAUGCUGGCAUCUUUUCGCCGUCAACCUUCCUUUGUCAGCCAAAGCCGUGCAAGCUUCCUGCCGUGCAGAAUCGAGGCGGCUCUGGCUGCACCGGCGUUCCCGGAGAGUCCAUUGCUUCAGGCACCGUCUGCCAGACCCAGUGCAUCGGAGGGUACACCGCUUCGGUGAACCAGCUCACCUGCACGGCGGAGGUGCUUACUCCUGCCUCCUUUGAGUGCACCCCGAACGCUUGCCCACUGCCCACAGUGACGAAUGCCAGAGGCAACGGCUGUCGAGGCAUUGUUGGUACCGUCCUCGCGAGUGGUGCCGAGUGCAGCACGAUUUGCGACAGGGGCUACAGUCCAUCCGUGGCGAAGCUCGAAUGCUUUGCUGGGACGCUGUCACCGCCGGGCUUCAUCUGCACGGAGGAUGACUGCGAUGCAGUGACAGGUGUGGCGAAUGCUCCCCAGGUUGGCUGUCAGGAGGGUGCGAAGAUCAACGGUGGGAGAACGUGCACCCCGCGUUGCGAGGCUGGAUACAGUCCAUCCCGCACCUCCCUGGCCUGUCGCCGUGGAGUUCUCGACCCGGCGACCUUCGCGUGCCAAGCCGACUCCUGUGACAUGCCCUACGUGGCCAACUCCAUGAACCCAACCUGCGCCGAGGGUAACACUCUCACACACGGGCAGAGAUGUACGCCAAAAUGUCAAAGUGGAUAUUUGCCCUCGGAGUCGUCGCUUCUCUGCACUGCCGGCUCACUGAGCCCUGCGACCUUCACUUGCCGGGCGCCCUGCCCGGCGCCGAACGUUUUCAAUGCCAACCAGAUCUGCAAGGAGGGCACGCCCAUACUGCACGGCAGGUCCUGUACGACUCAGUGCAAUGCCGGCUACCAGCCGAACAAGGGCACCCUGGAGUGCAACGACGGGGUCUUGACGGGCGGUCCCGUCUUCUGCUCGUCUGCCCCGCCACCCGUGGGCGGUAACUUCUUCAACUGUUGGACCGGAGACCCACACUUCGUGUGCCGCAACGGGAAGCGGACGGACCCCCUGGUGCCGGGAACACACUGGGUGUUCAAACAGUCCUGUCCCGGCAGCCCGAACUUCAUGUGGGUGCAGGGCCUCUUCGGACCGAGGCGUCCAAGCUGCACUCUUGGCACAGCAUUUGGUGGCAACUUUCUGGGAAUGAAUGUUUUGACCAUCCGUGCGAACAACAACCCUCCAUGGAUUGUGAAGUG